AUGUCCGACAAUUCCAAGACAAUCACUUUCUAUGACAUUGCUCUCAAGCCACCAGUCCAAGAACAUGCAUGCUCACCAAAUCCGACCAAGGCUCGCAUGGCCUUGAACUUCAAGCGGCUACCAUACUCCACAACCUGGGUCCCUCUCCCCGAGGUCUCCAGUGUCCGUCGCGAUCUCAAUGUCCCACCUUGUCGCAAGUUCGCCGACGGCAGUGACUAUUACACGCUCCCAAUCAUUGACGAUCAGCACACCAACACAAAGGUCGGCGACUCAUUUGACAUCGCCGUGUAUCUCCAAAAGACAUACCCUGACGCAGGCGAAGGCGACUUGUUCCCACCUCAGACAUUGGAUUUCGAGUACAAGGCCGGCGCGGUGAUUGCCGUGCCGCUGUCGGACCUUCAAAACGAAGAAUUCCCCGAAUACGCCAAGUUCAAUCAGCAUGUUGACGCGGUGUUCACAAUGCACACAGGUCUGGCAAUUCAGUGUUUCCCAUUUGACCCUGCAACGGCGGAGCAGUGUAAGGCGGAAUUUGCUCGGCGGGCGGGUGUCUCGUCCAUGGAUCAGUUGAAUGUUGUUGGUGAGGCGAGAGAGAAGACCAAAGACUCACUCCGGGAUGCGUUGAGGGAUCUUGCGGUGCUGUUUGAGAGAGACAACAGCGGGCCAUUCAUUCUCGGGCAGAAGGCGACUUAUGCUGAUCUCAUUGUUGGUGGAUGGUUGCGCUUUAUGAAUGGGGUACUACCGAAGAGCGAGUGGGAGGAGCUCCGAGGAUGGCAUGGGGGCGUCUUUGCUCGGCUUUUCGAUGCCUUGGAGGCUUAUAGAGAGAUGAAGUAG